AUGGCGGAUACGUCUUUGCAGGACCGAAUCCGCGGGCAUGCCAUGGCUGUCGAUGGCCUCUUGUCAUUGAUACCGGCAAAGAUGUAUUACGGCGAGGAUACAAGUGAUCAAUGGAGUAAAAAGAAGCAGACCAAGGAGGAGAAGAAAGCAGCACAGCGCCGCAACCUCGAUCCUGAUAACGAGCGGAACAAGAGUGUCAAGGAGAUCAUGGAUGAGCGAGCGAGGAAGCGAAAGCUCGAGGAGUUGGAAGAACAAGGGGAUGAUGGCAAGCAGGGCAAGGCAGCACAAGGCACGGCCAAGAUCCCCACCGCCAACAAGGGCACGCCUCAGAAGACACCAAAGAAGGCCAAGGCCGACAGGAGCGAGUCGAACAAGAAGCAAAAGAUCUCUACACAGCCAGAGCAGUCAACGCCAGCCAUGCCUUCUAUCGAAGAGUCCCAGCAGACACCAAAGAAACAGGCUCAGGUCGGAAAGAAGGCGGAUAAAAAGAAGUCAAAAGCGAGCAAGGUGACUCGUGCUGCAGAGGACUUGCCAAAGCAGGACCCCGGCCUGACGCCGGAGACUGAUAUUCCAGACCAACCCGAGCCGAGCGUCGAGCAUGAUCCGGAGAUCGCGUCUGCCCCUUCUGAAGACGGCCGUGACGGCCAUAUUCCAGCGCGUGACGACGUGAUGCCAGGCUUCGACUUCUCCGGUCUGGCACCAGAAGAAGACGUCCCUGGCGACUCGUCAUCACAAGCAUCGGCCCCGCAAUCUCCGACCUUUGAUAUUUCUUUACCUGCCAAGAACGAUUCACUGGAGCCUGCGAGCGCGACGACGUCCAUUUCUUCGACAGUACCACCGUCCGAGAAGCCAAAACACAUCAAGCUCCCGAGCGACACCUCGGCCCUGCGAGUUCGUCUCGCAGCCAGGAUUGAGGCUCUCCGGGCAGCACGCAAAGCUGACGGAGCCGACGGAAGUCCUAUCCGCACCCGACAGGAACUGAUCGAGUCUAGGCGUGUGAAGCAAGCUCAACGCAAGGCGCACAAGAAGGAACUGAGGCAAAAGGCCAAGGAGGAAGAGGAGCGGAAACGCGAGGAGGCCCUUGCCAGUGCCCGGACGUCGCCCGGGAGCAUCAUGAGCCCGCUGAUCGGCAUGGGCACGGAGGACGACGGCUCAGCCAACCACUUGGCGUUUGGCCGCAUCGCUUUUGGUGAUGGCGCGCAGAUGUCGCACGACCUCAGCUACGUCAAGGACGCAAAGUCCAAGAAGGGUGCCGCGGACCCCAAGACCGCCUUGGCCAAGCUCGAAGCGCAGAAGAAGCGUAUCUCGGCUCUGGACGCUGACAAGCGCAAGGAGGUCCUCGAGAAGGAGACGUGGCUGGCGGCGCGGCGGAGGGCCGAGGGCGAGAAAAUCCGCGACGACGAGGCUCUGCUCAAGAAGGCCGUCAAGCGCAAGGAGAAGGCCAAGAAGAGAAGCGAGCGCGAGUGGAAGGAGCGCGCCAAGGGGGUGGAGGACGCCAUCAAGGGCCGCCAGAAGAAGCGCGAGGAGAACCUGCGCAAGCGGAGGGACGACAAGCUGAUGGGCAAGGGCAAGAAGAAGGGAGGCGCCGGCGGUAGCAAGAAAGGCAGGGCUGGGUUCGAGGGCACAUUUGGCGGCGGCAAGAGAAAGUAG